AUGAAUGACGAAGACAUUUCGACACUCUUAUGGCGGUUAGAAAAUGGAGAGGUAUCAGAAGAUGAAAGUGAUCUAGACGAGGAUGCCUUAGACUAUUAUGAUAAUGUCGGUGAGUUGCAAGCAGAUCUUGAAAGAGAGAACCAAAUACUAGAAGAAAUAUUGACCGAAAAUGAUGGGACAGCCCCUGAUCCUCCACUAAUAUUUGAUGAACUAGUAGAAAACCAGCCCCAUUCCAACGCCACUCCUAGUUUACGGGAUUUGAUAUGGAAAAAGAAGAAUUUGGAUUUGGUGGAUCAGGCUUUUACAUUUCUUGGAUGUACUGACUACCCUCCGAUUAUUAUGAAUUUAUCUACUCCUUAUCAGUAUUUUUCAUACUUUUUUGAUGAAAGUUUACUCGCAAGAAUCGUUACUGAAUCUAAUAAAUAUGCCAUACAAAAAAAAUAUUAA